AUGGCAGAUUCCAGCACACGGGUCGCGUUGGUUCCUGGCGGCCCGCAUCCGUACUUUGCUGCCUGGGAGCUGGCAGGAAAAGACGCUGCCAAGGAUUUUGGACUGGGAGCUGCAGACUACAAGGUUCCGCAAAAGUGGGAAUUGAGCCUGCAGAACCAGAUGCUCGAAAGCCUCGUGACCCAGGGUUACAAUGCUUUCCUCGUCUUUCCAGGUGACCCGGUUGGUACAGUCGCGAUUGCCGAUGAGCUUGCUGCGACAGGUGCCCCGGUUAUGGCACUGGCGGGAUGUCUGAAAGAUCCCUCCCAAGCCGUUUUCUGCAUGGGAACGGAUACCGGCAAUUCAGCUUAUCUGGGGACACAGGAACUUUUGAAGGUUCUUCCCAAGGGCGCGAAAAUCGCUCAUUUCACAGGUUUUCUGGUCGACCCCAACACACAGCUGAGGAUUGACGCUGUCGAAAAAGCUGCCUCUGAAGGAGGAGCCGAAGUGGUCCAGGUGAUCGCAGAUAUCGAUGCACCCGAGCCUGCAGAAGAAAAGAUCAACGCCUAUCUUGCGGCACAUGCAGGUGACGUUGACGGUAUCAUCACGACUGCCUGGGUUCCUGCGGUCGUCGCAUCAAACGCGCUGCGAAAGAUUGGCGACAAGCGCAUCAAGAUGGUGGGCAUCGACCAUGAUGAGGUUGUCCUGGGCGCCAUCAAGGACGGCUAUGUCCAUGGAACAAUGCUUCAGAAUCCGUACGGCCAGGGCUAUCUGGGUUCCUACGCAGCCGAUCGCCUGCGUUCCGGCUGCACUGUGAAGGAUGAUGCUCCGUUCAAGUCGAUCGCGUUGACCGACAAGUUUAUCGACAGCGGAACCGUAUUUGCAGGUGCUGAUGCGGUCGACAACUACGUCAGUUCGAUGCAGAACAUCACCAAAGAGAUCUUUGAUGGUUUCGAAGACACCUACCUGAAUUGCGGCUGA